UCGUAUAAACUAAAGGAUUUUAAUAUUUAAACUUCCCGCUAUCUCUAGCGUUAGAAUGUUGAACUAUUACAAAAUUUGUGUAGACGUCAUUUGAAUUUUAUUUUUGACAGUUGAGUAAUCAAACUACUAAUAUGGCAAAUUAUUCUGAAGAUCAGAUGGCCGAAUUCCAAGAGGCCUUUCAACUGUUCGACAAUCGGGGUGAUGGAAAAAUUCAUGUUGCCCAAAUUGGAGAUGCUUUAAGAGCUUUAGGACAGAAUCCCACAGAAUCUGAUGUAAAGAAAUACACCCAACAACACAAACCUGAUGAGCGAGUCUCAUUCGAAGUUUUUCUUCCUAUUUAUCAGCAAAUUUCAAAAACCCGGAGCGCUGACACCGCCGAGGAUUUCAUCGAAGGAUUACGUCAUUUUGAUAAAGACGGAAAUGGUUACAUCAGUUCCGCGGAACUUCGACACCUUCUGACAUCAUUAGGAGAAAAACUUGGCGAUGAUGAGGUUGAACAAUUGCUUAUGGGCCACGAAGACUCUCACGGAAAUGUAAAUUAUGAAGAUUUCGUCAAAGCGAUUAUGUCCGGUUAAGUUAUAUAAUGCAGCUGUCAUCCACAUUUUAUAAAUUAUAUAAAUUUAAUUUAAAAUAUCGCAUUUAAUCAUUUUUUUUAUAAAUUUUGUAUAAGCAACUCCAUUCCAAUUUUAUACCCUUUUACUAAAACCGGUUUGACAUAUUAUGUUGUAGUCAUUAUUUUUUAAGUUAAUAAAAUAUUUACAAUUUGACGGCAUUUUUGAAAAUGUCAGGUGUAUAGACUGAAAACUUUUCAGUGUUGACCGUUUUGGUCGUAUUAUUGUUUACACAGUUUUAUUAUAAGUAUUAUUUGGUAUAGAAUAAAAAAAUUACUUACU